CUCGUUGCUCAGCCCCGGCCCCGUUGCCAUGGAGACGGGCGGCGGAGGGAAAUGGCGGCCCUGGUGCCCGCGGCCGUCUGCAGGAUCCGCUCGGCGCCGACCGCCGGAACAAACUAUUUUUUAGGAAUUGACUAUGAGAAUGUGCAGAAAUUAUGCAACAUCAGUGGUCUACAGAGCAGAGAUAAUCCACAAAGUACACCAGACGCUCACUGCGAAUUCCUACAACAAUAUCGAAAAAUAUUCAUUCAACCAAAACCUGUGUUACCCAAGAUCCCUGUGUUUGCAAGCAUUGUAUUGAUCAAGAGGCCAAAGAAAAAGGGAUCAGAUAAAGAUGUUGAGAGUCAUCUGGAGAAACGGUACAUGGAUGAUGUACCUCGUCAUCUCAAAGAAGAUGUUAAAACCUUAAGUGGAAUACUUAGUAAACAUCCUUAUUACAGAACGCGCGCAGAGCGUCUGAUUACAUAUAAAAUACUGAGGCUACUUCCAGCAAUCAAUAAACGGUUUGCAGACGAAGAGCUGAAAGACCUCAGUGCAAAGAUAAUCAUGGAAUCAUGGGAGAAAAGUUGCAUAGUUUUUGGAUACCAGUCAUUCUAUUUCAUCCUAAGAGGAUGUGCUAAGCCAUAUUUGUUGCUUGAUGAACCAUUGAGGCCUGUCCAUCCCCCUCCUUGGCUCGAUCCAACACUGAGUUUGUUGGCCUUUGGAGACAGUUUUGGUUCUUUGCUACCCAUGUCGGAUAACGCCGGUCACAAGGUUCUAUCAGUACUUACAGAGUCUAAUUGUCAACUUGUCAAAAUUUCUACUGGACAAUUUGAAAAUGUAAGAGAGGAAAUAAUAGUGCGUAAUUUUGCAAUGAAAGAAAAGGUAAUCCAAGCCUGUCGAAGUUAUCAGCAUUGGCCAAAACUGUCUCUCAGUAAACUGGUUCAGCUAAUCAACUGGAAGAAAUAUCCAAAAGAUUAUGUUCUAGUAAAGGAAGGUGAAAUCAGUUCAAUUGUAGGAUUCAUAAAGUCUGGCCAAUGCUACAUUUUCAAAGACAUAGAAGGCCUGGAGAAACUUCCACUAGGACAAGUGCAAAGUGAAGUGAAGCAUAUUAUUAUGGGAAAACUCAGUGGUAAUCAAUCCUUCGGAGAGAUCAGCAUUCUUCUUAGAAAACCAUUCACCUGCACGCUUAUCACAGCAACAGAAGUUGAACUUGGAGUUAUUUCUAAACGUGAUAUAUUAGGACUUGAAGAAGUAUAUCGAAUGCUUCUUCAACAAACAUCAGAACCAAUCUUGGUCAACCUUACUCAGGAAGAAGUCAAUAACAGAUAUAUUUCGCUGGAAAAGGAGAAACAAUGGAAACGCUUUAAGAAUAAAGUGAUCAAGGAAACAAUUUUGUACAGAGGAAUAAAACCAGGCGUUGGAAAAUGGAACUUUAACUACAGUAAAAAGGACAACUCAAAGAAAAAUCCCCCUCCUUCAUUUUAAGGGGUUAACUAGAUGAUGAAGGGUGGAAAAACAGGAUGUAUCCUAAUCAUCUAAUUUUCACUGACUAUCUGGAGUCUGACAUUUGUGCUGCCACUUCUCAUUAUUUUAGCUAAGAGGAUUCUUCUUUCUGUACAACAGGAAACCAAAUAUUAUCCUAAUCAUUUCCUUUACGAAGUACUGCUAUGGUAAUGAAUGACUCAUAAACGAUGUGCCUGAUGUGAUUUUUCAUAAUUUUCUUCCCUUUUCCCACUUUGACUUCACAUCUUGAGCAGAAAAAUAAUUAUUGAUCAACCCUCGGGCAAAUUAACCUUCAAUGAAAGGCACAUGCUAAAAG